AACUUAGCCUGCGGUCACACUACAAAAACCGUGCACAGGAAGAAUGUGUAAUUGUUACGAAAAAUCAAAUGGAAGCGGAAUUAUAGUGGCGAGCAGUCUGUGAAAGUGCAAUCGUGCACCGUUGCACCAAGUGAAAAACUUGAAAGAGAAUCACCGUGGAAAGCGGAAUCGCACAAAAACAAGCCAACUUUUGCCUACAUUUUAAGGCACACCGCCUAACCGACAGACUGAGUCACUGAAUCCAAGGGGAGCUGCCAUCGAAAAAGACCAGAGAUCCUCGCCAGCCGCCGAGAUGGGCAAGCGCCUCCAACUGGAGCGCCCGACCUCGGAUCGCAGUGCUCGCAAGCGAAAGCGCUCAGAGGUGAAGGCCGCCGAGAAGUGCCAGCGCUUGAGCGGUGGCUCCAGCAGCGCCAAUGGCUUCGAGUUCCACGAGAACGAUGACGAGGAGUCCUGCUCCUCGGCUGGAUCCGCUGGCGGCAUGGAUGUGGAUCCCCCUACACUAUUGCAAACCCCGCAGGCACGCAGUUUGCUCUUAACAGGAGCCAGCAUCGCCAGCGAUCAUAACAACUCCAGUGUGAUGGAGUCACCGCGCCCGGUUUACACGCUCCGACCCUCGGUGGUCAAUGGAACCAUUCUGAGGGAUGUGCUCUCCAAGGCCUGGCGCUUGGGGCGUCCCAUAGGCAAGGGCAACUUUGGCGAGAUCUUCCUAGCCUCCGAUGACACUGUGUGCCCAGCCACUUCGGAGACAGCCAAAUACGUGGUCAAAAUAGAGCCACAUUCAAAUGGGCCUCUUUUCGUUGAGAUUCACUGUCUGAUCAACACAUCCCGGAGCAAGGAUUCAUCAGAUGUCGGAGAAGAUGCUGCCAUCCUGCCAGCCCAACAGACGCAUGCCCUCAGCAAGGGACCGCCCUCUGGGAUACCCAGCUUUAUUGCAUCGGGGACCCACUACUUUGGAGACGCUCGCUAUCGCUUCCUGGUGCUGCCGCGCUUCGAUCGCGACCUGCAUUCGCUGAUCAAGAACUCAAGGGUGCAGCAAAAGUCACUCCUAGUGCUCGCUGUACACAUACUCAAUGUCCUAGAGAAUCUACACGAUAAGGGUUAUUGUCAUAAUGACAUCAAGGCCCAGAACCUAAUGGUGUCCAAGUGCAAGUACCUCAGGAAGCAGUCAUUUCCCAAGGGCACUGGGUACGACGAACACUACGAGGAGAAGCAGCAGACCACAGAUAGUGGCAACAGCUCGGAGCAGGAGACCAACGACGAUGACUACUUCCUAAAGAACGAGAAGUUCGCCCUGAAGCGGAUUUCGGAUAUUAAGCAGGACGAAGACGAAGACGACGAGGACUUCGACGAUGGCGCCACAUCGAACAGCAACAACAGCAACAGCCUGGACAUCUACCACACGCCAGUAAACAAGAAGCGAUCCGCUCGCAGUGCAGUUCAAUUCAGCGGCUCGAAUCCAGUUCGUUCGUGUCGUCGGGAGAAGCGCAACUCAAUGUACGAGGAGAUGGUCAAGUCGCACUACCUGCGACCCACCAAGCGUAUCAGUUACCGCGAGGAGUUCAAUGAGGAAGGGUACCCCAAGGCGACAGAGGAAAACAGUGAUGAAUCGCCCGAAUCGUCAGACAACGAGUCGGAUGAGUUCAUUCCGCCUUCGUCUCGCCGCUCGGGUAACAGAAGAGGAAGGAGCGCCCAGAUGGCCAGUCCCAAGAAGUGCUCGGUUUCAACUAGGGCAACACGCCACCAGGAGAAGCUGAAGAAGGAGCCAAACGGUGACCACAAAGUGCGUAGCCGGGGCAACAAGCACUUGGACAGCCAACCAACUGAGUACAAGUUCCUGCCCACCGAGGAGGAGCACGUUUUCCUCAUCGACUUUGGCUUGGCGUCCAAAUACCAGGAUCGCGGAGUCCAUCGCCCUUUCAUCAUGGAUCAGCGAAGGGCGCACGACGGCACGCUGGAGUUUACGUCACGCGACGCCCACCUAGGCGCCCAUUCCCGACGAAGUGAUCUGGAGUGCCUUGGCUAUAACCUGCUGUACUGGUCCGAGGGCUAUCUGCCCUGGAAGGACGUGGCCCAGCAACAGCAACAGGAGAAAGUGCACCGCGCCAAGGAGCUGUUCAUGACGGAUGUGCCCGAGAUGCUGCGCCAGUUCUACGGCAAGCAAGUUCCUAAGUAUCUGGGAGAGUUCCUGCUGCAGAUCGGUCAGCUGGCCUAUCAGGAGCGGCCCAACUACGAGCGCUACCGUAAAAUCUUUAAGCGCGAGUACCAGCGCUUGGGUCACGACCCCAGUCAAAUGCGACUAAGCAGCGAGGAGAUCCUCCGCACCUGUGUCUCCUCCAAGGACGCGGUGGAUGGCAGCAAGUGCGACAUAUUUGAGCUGAACAACAAAAUAGCCACCAAUGUGAUGCGCAACUCGGCGCUGAGCACUCCGUUCCAGGAGCACUCGCUUACGAACCGCGUGUCGCCCAAGAAUCUGCGUUCCAAGUCAAAUAAGAAAACUACGAAAAAGAAGUUUUCGUGGGCGGAGGUGCUCUCACAGGAUCCAGAUCAAAUAGCACGUGAACGGGCAGUGAAGGAGUUUGAGCGGGAGGAGUCCAUAUGUCCGCUGGAAUCCCGUCUUCCAAGGCGCUACGACGGCAAGCCCACCUACGCGAUACUGGCCAUGGAGCAGAGUCGUCGCGAAAAGGGUUUGGUUGUCCAAGAGCAUAACGACGAAGAGGAAGAAGAAGAGGAGGAGGACGAUGAAGAGGAGAACCAGGAGGCCUAUGAUGAUGAGCAAGAGGAGGAGGAGGAGGAUGCAGAUAGCGUAGAAGGCGAGGAUGACUCGGAUGGCGAAACGGAGGAGAGCGAGUGCUCGCAUCAUUCCCAGAAACCUGCGCGUGGCCGUCCAAGGGGCACCCCACGAAAACGAACAACCAGUAAGCAAGCCCAGGCGCAGCAGAAUCAGCCGCCGGUGAAGGCCAGUCGUGGAGUGGGUCGUCCGAGCAAGAACGCGGGCGUCGUAAGGUUCCCCACGGGAGCCGUGAGCAAGAACCGCUCAACGCCGCUAUCAGCAGUGGCCAGUAACAAACGUGGCUGCGCCACACGCAAGGAGAACUCCGCUCUGGCAUCGGCCACCGGCGAAGGGGAACGUAAACUGAAGCCGAGCCGUACGCGCAAAGCUCUAUAUAAGACUGAACCCAAACACGGCGAGCACGAUGCGGAGAACAACUCGAGCCUGCUGGAAAUGCAGAACCUGUACGGCGAAUACGAUGACGAGAACAACUACGGCAAAGGGCGCAGUGUCCACUCGUCCAGGCACUGCCGCAAAUGAUUGCCAGAUGACAGAUUAGGAAUAGAGACUAGGGACGAUCAAUAGAGAAAGUCGGAGAGCAGAGGAUGAGGAACAACAGAACAGAACAGAUAGGCAGAACAGAAGGAACCUAAAUUGGCUUUCAAGUAUUUUUAGUAGUAGUUAAGGUACGAACAGAACAGGACAGAACCUACUUCGAAGCUGUCGGCAGACGAGGCGUAGACUCGAGCUAGUGAGACCGACAUGACGUGUAAUUUUGGUUUUUAAAUAUUAAAUCAAUAAGAUGACUUAAGUUUUUUUGAUUCGCACUCUCAGCUCCAUAGGGAAGAUGUUGUUGAAUUAUCCAUUAUACCAUGUAGUCCCCAGUUGUAAGAGAUGUUUGUGUGUUUAAACGGUGCGCAGGAGCAGUGCACCAUUGGCCUUGAUAGCAAAUCCCUGAUUUUUAAAUUCUUAUUUUAUUCUUUUCAAGUUUUGUGUUAGUUUUGUUAGGUUAUAUACUUCAUAUUAUAGACGAGAUGUACUACCCUUUCACCCACAUUUCAUUCAGCCAGGUACAUACUCUCCUCAAAAAGUAUUUAAUAUAACUAGAUAAUGGUUAUUUCAUAAACAUGAUACAAGUCUAAGUUAGGAUAUGCGUGUAUAAACAAGCAGCGGAAAUAAAUAAAAUAGAAUUGUAUUUCCUUAACAAUUAAA